AUGUUGCUCAACUUCGACUUGGACACGGAUCAUAUUCCAAUAGCGUGCAACACAGAGCUUCUGGACUUCGACCUGUCUGCUGAAAUUGGCUCAUUGGGAUCUCUCAAUGCCUUCUUACAAAAGCCCGCCCAUUCUGAAGAUCAAAUUGCCCCCCGGAGCCUCGUUGGGCAACCAUUCUGCGCAACAGACCUAGCCCCUUCUAUCAACUCACGGAUGGGCUAUGCCAUCGAGCAACUGAAGCUGGUACCGAAGAUGAUGGUUGACACAAACGCGACACCCUGGAGCCAUCCUAUGCUAUACAAUGCGCAAAUGCCAAGAUAUUUUCAGGAUGUUCGCGCUGCCUGCGCUCUCUACAUUGCGAUGAACAACACAAACACUGAGUUUGUGAAAAACUACAUUAUAUUGCGAGUUGAGGAACUCACGGCAUCCUCGAUUUCUACAGCGCCCGCUGAUUUGUUGACGCGGGCACACGCUUUGAUGCUUUAUCAGCUCAUGCUUAUGUUCGGUGGUGAUAUGUCUCACAACGGACUUGCCGAGACGCUGCUUCCCCAUAUGGAGCAAGCUGGGGAGUCGCUUCUUGGGUGUGCGUCGCAGCAAGUCGACCCAACAGACCCUGUGCCGCUGUAUCCUAGUGUUGCUGCUCGCUCAGCAUGGACUUCUUUUAUCUUCCGUGAGUCCGUCCGUCGCACCAUACUGGCGAUUUUCCAUCUUAUCAGCCUGUGCCGUCUGCGUCGCGGUCAAGUCACAUUGUGUCCAUACUCCAUUUCGCAAAACAACAAGGUCACAAUUUCUGCACAUUUAUGGUUUGCAAAGGAUGCGGUUGACUUUGCCGUUGCGUGGAACGAGAAAAAUCAUUUCCUAGUCAAAGAGUUAGAUUUCACAGACGUUUUGAGAGACGCAGGAUUUGACGAUCUCGACAUAUUUGCGAAAAUCAUUCUUGUAGGACUACAGGGUAUCGACGAUGUCAAAGGGUGGCUUUAUAUGCGAGGUGGAACUCUGUGA